CAUCCGUCUGCUGUCAUCCGCCAUUUGCGAAAGUGGCCGAUUGCAGCUUUGUACCGCGAGUGUUGUUCGAUUGAUUAUGUCGAGUGUUAAAAAUUAAAAUUUUGGUUUUAACUGUGAACCCGUGUCGUGUCCGACCAGUUACAAUGAUUGUGAGAUUUUGGAGCAUUCUGUGCCUCGGCGUUUUGGUGGCAUCGGCUCGCACCGAGGGAAACAACGGCAAUGAAGAGAUCCCGUACCUGGAGCUGGCUGAGCCCGACGAGGGCUACCACGGGCUGAUCCGCGAGAACGAGACCCUGGUGGAGGUGACGCCGGCCAUCCGCGCGCGCGGCCCGCUCUGCUCCUUCCUGAUAUUGAACAACAAGCAUCAUGGAGAGGCGCCGUUUGAGAUAAUGGUGAUAGACGAGAACGAGGCGCGCCUGCGCGUGCGCUACCCGCUCAACUGCGAGAAGCGGCGCAACUACAAGUUUGACAUCGCCGCCGUCGGCUGUGAUGGUUCCUACUCUAACACCGUACCAGUCCACAUAACCGUGACAGACGUCAACGAAUACGCCCCAGUGUUCUCCCAAGCAGCCUACGUUCGCUCCGUGGACGAAGGCCGUCUGUACCCCGAGCUGGUCAGAGUGGAGGCCACGGACCGAGACUGUACUCCACACUACGGGGACGUGUGCAAGUAUGAGAUACUGACGGACAGGAGCCUGCCCUUCGCUAUUGAUAAUGAGGGAGUGAUCAGCAACACGGAACCGCUGGACUACGAGAAGUCGCACAACCACAUCCUGUCGGUGGUGGCGUACGACUGCGGCAUGAAGCAGUCUGCGCCCGUGAUGGUCACUAUCAAGGUCAACAAGCCCUGCAAGGCUGGAUGGAAGGGAGUAGCAGAACGCGUAGACUACGCGCCCGGCUCGGGCUCCCUCGCCCUGUUCCCCGAAGCCCGCCUGGAGACAUGUUCAUCCGACGCGCGCUGCCCCGGAGUGACUCGCAUCCAGGCGGCCGUGACCCUGCAGGCGUCGAGGGCCGGGACUGGGUGUGACAGGGACACUUAUAGUGUGCACGCGCAGAAGACUAUUUGUGGUUUGGACGCUAAAACCGUGGAUCUUCUGCCGAACCCCGGGGCCGGCAAUGAGUGGGCCAAGUCUCUGAAACCUGACUCUAGCAGCAACCGCGACGGCGAGCAGAUGUUCGAGUUCGACGGCGCGACCUCGGCCAUGGUGCCCCCCUCGGUGUUACCCCACCACCUGGCCAGCUCCUUCUCCAUCUCCACGUGGAUGAGACACGCACCCUCGCCAGAUAUGGACAAGCAUACUAAGGAGCAUGUGUUGUGCAUGGCUGAUGAUCACAAGAUGAACCGCCACCACUACUCUCUGUUCGUGCGCAACUGCCGGCUGAUCUUCCUGCUGAGGAGGGACUUCGGAGACGGCGACCUGAACAUCUUCCGCCCGGCCGAGUGGAGGUGGAAGAUCCCCGAGGUAUGCGACAACGAGUGGCACCACUACGCAGUCAACGUUCGCUUCCCCAACGUUGAGUUGUUUGUUGACGGCACUUUAUACCGCGCGGCUGACGGCAAGGGGCCCGAGGUGAUUGAUGACUGGCCGCUCCAUCCCGCUCAUGGGGUUAAUACGACGCUGGUUGUUGGCGCUUGUUGGCAAGGAACAGAAUCCGACAUGAAGCACCACCUUCGCGGCUGGCUGGCCGGCCUGGGAGUCUCCACGCACGCGCCGCAACCCGCCGACAGCCUGCAGUGCGUGGCGCGAUGCACCGAGGGACUGAGCCUGACGCCUGCGAGACACCUGAAAUCCGUAUCAGUGGAGGGCGACGGCGCGGCUGACGUUGAAACUCUACUCCGUAAAGUGUCGUACGGCGACUCACGGCCGUUCCCCACGCCUGGACGCCGGAAUGUGCACGUAGCUACUACUAUCACCUGCGACAACGGCCGCAUAAUCAAGGCCAAGCCAGCGGAAUCCUUCAUCAUGGUCCUCCAGCCGCUCUCCCCUCGCAUCGUGUUGAGCGGCGGCGCGGAGGCUGCGCGGGACUACGCGCACUUCCGCCGCGGCCUGCCCGUGUUCCCCGACCUGGGGAUCAGCAACAACGCGCAGGGGACCCAAGACCCAACCCCUCAGAAGCUCGACUCGUGCGUGGUAUCAGUCUACCCGGCUCUGAACCCGGACCACGAGGCGCUCAGCCUACGAGACGGCGCUUCACUGCCCGACCGACGCGACAUCCGAGCUUCUGUCACCAGGGACGGAGUCAUACUGUCCGGCGCUGACACCGCUGAGAACUAUCAACAGGUGCUCCGUGAGAUAGAGUACAGCAACAAGAAGCCCGCCUACUACUUGAACCGCGUGUUCAAGCUGACCUGCAGCGAGCUCAACGGACGCUUCACCAGCAACGAAUAUGUGCAGACUUUGACGGUGGUGCACCCGCACAUGGCGAGCAGCGAGGUGUCGCACGAGCUGCACCCCAGCGGCGUCGCCGACAAGAUGGACGCGCCCAGGGAUAAACAGUCUGCGCACGCGCACGUGCGCGCGCACGGCGACGCGCACGCCCCGCGCGUGUUCGCGGCGCACGCGCUGAGAGACGACCACAGCGUGGAGGCGCCCGCGCCCAGCGUGCGCGACCUGCGUCAGUCUAACCACGUGGCCCUGCUGAUCGGAGUGAUAGCGUGCGGCGCCCUGGUGCUGGGCGGGGCCGCCUUCGCCGCCCGCCGCGCCGCCCCCCGCGCCCCGCCCCCGGACAUGGCGUGGGACGACAGCGCGCUGACUAUCACUGUCAAUCCUAUGGAGCAGGCGGGUGGUUCGUGCGCGGUGGCGGCGGCGGUGGCGGACUCGUCCGAUGGCGAGUCCGGAUCCGAGUCCGACUCGGACCGACACGACUCCGACGAUGAUGACGAUGAAGUGGUGUCGAGCAAGCAACACAAAUACCGGAACAUCAGCCAGUUAGAGUGGGACAACAGCACGAUGUAAGCGACAAACAUACCGCCAUCCCGCUCGCGCCACGCGUCUCGCUCUAACGCAGGCGUAGCAUAAGCCCCGUAAAAUACUAUUGCGCAGGAACCUUGUCGAAUUAAUGUUGACGUGAUUACAUCUGUUAUUUGACUUUCUAUGACGCAUUCAGCAUUUUACGGGGUUUAUAUACCGUUGCAUUUUAACUAAGGAAUUGAGUUGUUCUGUCGCUAUAUCGGGUAUAACUAGGCAGUUGGGUUUCGUUUGGCGUGUCACAAAUUUUGUGUAGAUUUUUUUCGACCUGAGUGUGAUAUGUGUCGUAUUGGAUUGGGUGUGUUGAAAUUGUAUAAGAGACGGAAUUAUAUUAUAGAGGAUUAUUAUAUUAGAAACAUUGGUUAAAAAAACAUUGUAAUGGUAAAAAUAUAGCUGAUAUGUGAAACAAAUAGUAACAUCCAAUGAAUCUAGGUACGCAAAUGCGGAUGUACUUAAUAAGAUGAGAAAUAUCUUGAACCCAACUGCCUUUCCGAGUUGCAUUCUAAAGAAAAAAAAACGCUUGUUGCACAAAUUAUCCACGCGUGGCACAAAAAUAUUCAGCAUUGUUUAUAAUUUGUAGUUAUUUCCUAAUUGUAAGGUUUAAGAUCAUAUCAAUUUAUACGUAAAAAAACAUUAUUUGGAGUCGUUUCCUUGCUUGCUGUCUAAGGACAAAUAUAUCUUGAGAUACCCCCAUAGAGAAGAUGUCAUUUUCUAUUCGUUGAAAAUUAAGAAAUAAUUGAAAAAAAAACUGUAUGUACUAAAUAGUAGUCGUUGUAAUUUCGUAUGGAAUCGGUAAAUAAGAUUAGUAAGUAAGCAAGCAAGAUAUUAUAUACUUACAAUGUAUAUUAUAUACACUCUAAGGUCGCUUUUCUUACUGUAUUUCUUUUAAGGACUAAGGACGCAAUUUUUUUCUGACACUUUAAAGGAUUAGUAGUACGCAAGGUUAUGUUCAAAACAGCAUUUAAUUAUUUUGUUAAAGUACAAAUAAAUAGCUUUGUACAAUUUUCUCCUGUAGAAUAAAAUUUAUAAAAUGUCCAAACACCUUACCCUUACGAGCUUUUAAAAAAAACGGCUUAAAUGUAUAUUAGGCACAGAGUAAUUUGAAAAACAUAUAGAUGUACGAUAUUUACAUAACACAGUUUGUGUUUGUCUACGUUCAGCCACUAUAUAUAGUGAACUUAUAUAAUUAUAUAUAUAUUUUGAAUGCGUUAAGGGAUUUUUACUAACAACUAGGUACUAAGUGGCUAUACAUGUGAAGAAUUAUAUCAAAAUACUUCGGAAAAUAACUUCAACUAAUGGAUCAAUGUCCAAAACCUAGUUUGUAAGUUUAGUUAAGUUUUUACUUUUUAAUUUCCUCUGUUUAAUCGCUUACGGCGGGAGCUAGGAGACAUAUAACUGUCUCUGUCCCACUCGUUGCAUAUCAUGACGGAAGUCGGUAUAUUUUUUGCCAUAUUAGCGUAGAGAUAUAUGUGAACACUGACUGUACAAUCUAAGCAAUCGUUGUAAACAUAAUCAGAUCGGUGUUUUUUUAAAUUUAAUCGUGGUUUUUCCGAACUUGUUAGUUGAUCUUUUUGUCACUUUUUUUGAAGUGUUCUUUGCACUGUGGAGCGGUAUUGGAGCUACGUUCGACGCUGUUAUUUCGGCCAAUAUAACAAGAAAACUGUGCCAUUUGCCAUUCAUAACUGUCUUUAAUUCCAUCAUUAUACAUUGCUAACUACUGGACACAAAAUUAUAGAGUAUGCGGUCUACGCUACUUUAACAAAAAAAUAUCUAGAAAAGCAAUUUUUAAGCAUACCUAAGUAAUUCCCGUUUUUUUCGGGGUUUUUUUGUCCAGUGCGGCGUCAACAUAGCUCCAUUCACCGCCUCGGUAGUAUUUUCAUGUUAUUUGCUGUGUAGUUGCGUUAUAUCUCGAUGACCGUCCAAUUAUCACCCAUUAAUGUCUUCUAUUAUUUUAAGAUCUGAAGUUUUAUUAAUGUUUUAGUCUUUGACGCAGCUUGACUCUAAAAUGCAGGCAUUUUAACUUUUAACCCACUCUUUUAAAAGUAUUACAUGUGGUAGCUAUUUCUACUUAAACUUAUGUUUUAAUUAUUUUACUUUUUUACAACUCACUUAUUCUGUGUAUUACUUACUGCGGUAUUAUCAUUAUUGUAUAAUUAGGAAACUUCUUUGAUGUAUGAAUUAUUAUAUUUUAGCUAAAAAUAAAGUUGGUUUAAAAUUA